UUCGUGACGUCACGGAGGAGAGGUACGCCGAGUACAGCGCGAGCGAGGCCCGCGGGGGCUGGAGGAGGAGGGCUCGAAUCAAUAUCCAACGUCCCGUGCCUCGGCGCGCGGUCCUCGUCCACCCCCGAGAUAUCCCGAAGUGCCUUCAGUGCGGGGAGGUCGCCGCGACGCUUGGGACGUGGAAGUAACGUCGCUCCGAAGACCGGCGACAUCCACGACGGCUCGUAAGCGAGCGAUUCUGUAACCGAUAUUUCAAUCGCUAAAAUCAACAACAAUAACGAGUCAAUCACGGAGCGCUAACGUCGAGGCAGAUACAAAAAUAUCUCAUUUAGUUAACGUUGCUGUAUAAUAAUAUAAAUAAAUAAAUAAAUAAAUAAUGAGGAAUCCGAAACGGCUGACGGGAGACGAAUAAAUAAUCAUUGGAUCUUUCGAGAAUCGAGAAAACCCAGUGCAAAUCGCGACAGCAAAUGUGUUCUUGAAGCAAUUGUUUAAUUAAUCGUUCGAGCAAAACAAAAUUAUUAAUUUUCGCAUGGAAAAUUGUGUGUGUAAUUGAGCUUACGAACAGCCCGAGCUCACCGUCGAUUUAUACUUUUUUUGUCGAAGCCCGAUAAGACCGGGUCGAAUGCAAACCAAGACGUGCCGUUCGGCUGUGAUUCCUGAAGUCGUCGCGGCUGUACUUAGCCGCGCUGAGGAUUUAUCAGGACGACUGGAAGCCCCUGUGAACUGGUGAGCUCCCUCGUGGAUCGCGGAAACAUCAAAGUGGAGGGGUGGUAAGAGGUUGGUUGGGAAGAGCACGGAGUCGGAGGACGAGUGAAGGAGAUAAGCUCAGAAUCGGGAGUCGUGGGCAGCGGGGCGACCGGUGAGUUGGGCGAAAAAUCGAUGGCCAUCAGCGCCCAUGGGCGGCCUCGCGUUUAGGACAAGGAACAGCCCCUCCCAGAAGACCUCACUACGGUGGGGUGACUGCUGUCCCCCUAACAUUGAGUACAUCAGCCCACCGGCGUCGUCGGCCGUCCUUAAGGACCGUCAUCAGGACAUGCCACCGGUGCCUGUGUGAGGCUGUCCCCCGCUGUUGCGUGACUGUACCCCACGGGGUCUUCAGAGGUAUCCAGACGUUCCCAAAUCAGAUCGUAUCCCGAACCUCUCGGACCUCCGUCUCCGUCAACUCGAGCUAACGCCGGUCGACUUAUCCUCACCGAAGAUGAUCAAUAUCGCCGGCUUCGUGUCGAUCGUAUUAUUCUACAUUCUAAUCCUUGGAGUCGGAAUAUGGGCGGCCAGGAAGAAGGAAGCCGGCAACGACUCCGAGGAGGAGGUGAUGCUUGCCGGUCGUUCGAUCGGCUUGUUCGUCGGCAUCUUUACGAUGACGGCAACGUGGGUAGGCGGAGGUUACAUUAACGGAACCGCCGAGGCUGUUUACACCAAGGGGCUUGUCUGGUGCCAAGCACCCUUCGGCUAUGCCCUCAGCCUCGUUUUUGGUGGUAUAUUUUUCGCCAACAAGAUGCGACAGCAGGGGUACAUUACGAUGCUCGAUCCGCUCCAGGACGCUUUUGGGGAACGUAUGGGUGGUCUCCUGUUUUUACCAGCCCUGUGCGGCGAAGUCUUUUGGGCAGCUGGAAUUCUCGCUGCCCUUGGGGCCACCAUAGCUGUCAUUAUUGACAUGGAACAAAGCACGUCCGUCAUAUUGAGUGCUUGUAUCGCUGUGUUCUACACGCUGUUCGGUGGACUGUACUCGGUCGCUUACACAGACGUUAUUCAACUUUUCUGCAUCUUCAUCGGUCUGUGGAUGUGUAUUCCGUUCGCGUGGAUGAAUGAACACGUCGAGCCACUAAGUUCGAUGAACGUCGAUUGGAUCGGGGUGAUACAGCCCAGCGAGUACUGGUCGUACUUGGACUACGGUUUAUUGCUGAUAUUCGGUGGCAUACCUUGGCAGGUAUACUUCCAGCGCGUUCUUUCGUCGAAAACAGCAGGAAGGGCUCAAUUACUUAGCUACGUCGCUGCCGCUGGUUGUAUCUUGAUGGCCAUACCACCGGUCAUGAUUGGGGCGAUUGCUAAAGCCACGCCCUGGAACGAGACGGACUACAGGGGACCUUGGCCGCUGACGGAGGCAGAAAACUCGAUGAUUUUGCCGAUGGUGUUGCAGUAUCUGACGCCAGCGUUCGUAUCGUUCUUCGGUCUUGGCGCGGUCUCAGCCGCUGUCAUGUCAUCAGCCGACAGCAGUAUCCUGUCGGCGAGUUCGAUGUUCGCGAGAAACGUCUACAAGCUCAUCUUCCGACAGAGAGCAUCCGAGAUGGAGAUCAUUUGGGUGAUGCGAGUGGGCAUCGGUGUCGUUGGUAUACUGAGCACCGUCAUGGCACUUACGAUACCAUCGAUCUACGGUCUCUGGUCCAUGUGCUCGGAUCUCGUCUACGUCAUACUAUUCCCCCAACUGUUGAUGGUCGUCCAUUUCAAGGAGUACUGCAACACUUAUGGUAGCCUCGCGGCGUACGUAAUAGCUUCUCUCGUGAGAAUCGCCGGUGGCGAGCCAAUAAUGGGCUUACCAGCUCUCAUACGUUAUCCGGGCUACGACGAAGCCACGGGACAGCAAAUGUUUCCGUUUCGUACAAUGGCCAUGCUGAUAUCCCUGAUAACUCUCAUCGGAGUGUCUUACGGUACACAAGUUGCAUUCCUAACGGGUAGAUUGGCGCCCGGUUACGACGUGUUUCGUUGCGUAGUCAACAUUCCCGAAGACGUCGAGAGGGUCGGACCCGACCCUGCGGAGGGUGAACAAAUGGCAGUCCUUGCCGCCGGGGCCGGAAGACUCUACGGCAGCAAGGACGAAGCUUACGGACGAGUGAAUGAAGCACUCGAGCCGGACUAUGACAUGGAGCCGGAGAACAGCGGUCCUGUCGCUCGUCACGACAGUAUCAUCGGCGGUGGUGGAGGCGGAGUCGGACAUCCGGGACCUUACGGCCCCAACGUUCCACGACAGCCCCAAUCCAGCACCGCGUUUUAAUAAUACAACCCGGUUCCGUGAUCACAAGCUGUGACCAACAAUAAGUGCGGUGACGCGAUGCUUCUCCCUUAACCUUCAAGCCCAACGAGUCUCCUUGGUCAUUCGUAAUAACCCAAUUGCGUCUCUCCACCUUCUCUUUUAUAUGGUCAUAUCGUUUAUUCGCUAUUUUUCAUCGCAACUUUUUGUUUAUUUAUCCAUCGAUUUUUGGUGGUACUAUCAUUUUUUCAAUAUUUCCCUGUAUACGCCAAAUUCAAGUUUAUUUCCAAGGAUAAAAAAAACGCUGCCGUAUACGUAAUUGCUUACUCAUCCCCGUCGAUCCCGCACCGAUUUCCCGCAUCGCGUCACCAAUUAGGCCUAGUGAUUUUCUUGUUUUCUUCUUUUGAGAUAUAUAUACACACACACACAUACACACACACAUACACGGACACAAAAUGUAUAUAUUUAGAGUCUAUCAGAGUCGCUUGAGAGGAAUAUUAUGAAAAUAAUAAUAAUAAUAAUAAUAAUAAAGUAGCGUUCGAAAAGUAACUAUAAUGGCGAGGCGUCGAGGCCGAUCCGUCCAAGAGGAGAAAAAUAAUAAGAAAAAGAGAGAACGAUUAAUUGAAAAAAAUUCCAAGAGAAAAUUUAUUUAUCGAUCAUAUUGAAUUUCAUCGAGGUGUGUCUGUGCGCGAGUGCGAGUCGGGGGUCAGCUGUCGCAUUAGGCAUGCGCGCGCGUGUGCCCGCCGCCGAGAAUUAUUAAGCAGGUGAACGUGAAAAGCGAGAAGACAAUGAAAGACCAGCCCUAAUUAGGGCCGACGGUUAAUUAAUCACGAAAAGGCUCGAAUCCGGGGAGGAGACCUCUUUUAAAAUCGAUCGCCUUAACUGCGAAAUUCAAACUGGAGGAGAGCCCCCAACCUCCCUAGAAACAGCCAAGUACGUACGUAUACUCACAGACACGUGCAUACACAGACGGCACACAAAAAUUAUAAAUACACAAAUGCCACACGAAAAACAGGUAUUAAUAAUAAUUCACCCUUCGUUACUCCGAAUAUAGCGAGUAACCGUACGUUACGAAAAGAGGCUUUUGUACUCGUAAUCGACCGUUCUUCCCUCUUCCCGCGUUCGUAUCGCAGUUUUCUUUCGCGAUAAUCAAUAAUACGCGUAUCUGUAAUGCCGGUGUAAGAGACGCGCGUAGCUUACGAAAAUUCGAGAUUUAUACGUGUUCGGGCUUAUUGGGGCUGGAAAAAGUCAAAAUCCCAGAAUAUUUGUGUAGAAAAAAUGAUGGCGAAGGUUGUAGAAAGCAACAAACCGAAGGAUCAGUUUGAGGGGAGUUGACGAAAGGAGAAAAUCCGUAUAGAAGACCGAAAUGAGUGCGAAUCAUGCGAAGAAGUGGGCGGGAGUUAGCGGGCGAAUAGCAGCAGCAGGUUGAUGUUACGCUGUCUGUCAAGUGCGAGAGCAGUUGGCCGUAGUAGUUCCGUGCCCGAGCGAGUACAAUGCGUGAGUUCGACUGUAUACAAUAACUUAAUUACGAAAUCGUGAGAACGAACGCGCAAAAGUGCCAUAAAAACGAGGAAAAAAUAACAUAAAAAAAAAUAAACACAUUUUCAGACUUAUCCGCAGCAUUUUUUUUUCUCCGUAGCAUACGGAGUCGUCACUCCGCGGUUCGAAGAGACCGAAAAACCUAAUUCAAUAAAACAUAAAAGCAAAUCCUUCGCGACGAAAUAUUGAGCGUUCCAUGUAUAAAAACGACACGUCGGUGAGCUUACGAAAUUGAAUAUCUCUGGUGCUAGAAAGCUCGCGCGUUCAUUGCGGAUUAUUUAUCAUGGGAAUAAAGCUGUUUGUCGAAAGUGGUUCCUCUAUAUGUAUUAUUACUCAAAUGUGUAUCGAGAUGUCGUUUUCCGGGUAUAACCUAUCACCGGGGUAUAUAUAUACAAAUAUAUAUAUAUAUACAUAUAAAUAUAUAUUUAUUUAUGUAUACGCAAAAUGUACGAUUAUUUAUAGACGAAAAACGGACGGAUCGACCCACGCUCAAUGAACAGUUGUGUUUAUCAUAUAGUAUAUAUUAUAUAUAUUAAUUAUUUCAAUGGAUAGAGAAUAUAUCGCAAGGUAUUACAUAUAUAAAUACACAAAUAUACAUAUAUACAUAUAUAUUGAUAUAUACACAGACACAUAUAUAUAUAUAUAUAUAUAUAUAUAUAUAUAUAUAUUAACGUAUAAGUCAAUACGAAGUAAUGAUUAUGGAAAUAAAAUCACCCGGAAGCGGAUCUCGAGUGAUCUUAUAGGAGCAAUAUGACUCGGCGUCACUUAACGAUAUCCCUCGUGCGAACUCUCCUCAAUGAGUGUGCGUUAUAAAUAUAUAUAAAUACAUGCGUAAAUGUAAUAUAUAUUUAUGCAAAGCCACGUAUAUCUUCGGGGGUAAACUAUAAAUAUGAAUAUAUAUAUAUAUAUAAAUAGUCAGGUGUAACGAGUGCGAAAGGAAGAGAAAAAUAAUUAGUCUGGUAGGGUGCAUAACUAUUAUGGAUCAUCGUUGUUACGGUCAUAUCCUCGUUGUUACUUUCAGUUCCUACCAUUAUUAUGUAUCCACCUUGACGAAUGCGUAUAUCGCGAGUCAUGUAUAGACUAGGGUGAUUAAAAGAUGAAAAACAUUUAUUCUCUCUCAAAGCUGCAAGUGAUUGUGUUAAUACGUAAUGCGGAAGUAAUUAUCUCGAAAUUUGGGCCAUCUAAAAACAUGUUUAGACGCGACGGCGAUGACGUUAAAAUUUUAUUUUUUAUAUAGUGACAAACUUAAAAACGACGAUAAAGAAUGAUCGAUUGAUUGCAACGACAAAAGUCAGCGAAUCGAAAAUCGAUUCUCUCAAAAUUUGAGCUUGGAGGAAAAGCAUCUAGAGGUCGUGCAAUAGAUUUUCUAGUUUUUUUUUUUUUUUUUGUUUUCCUCGAUUUUUCGUAAACUUUUCGAGAUAAAAAUGAUUCGCUUCGUUUCGCAACUUGAUAUUAUGUUGGCAUAUCGUGAAAACAUUAUAUUCCCAAAAUUUGUAUCAUCUGACAAAUUUUGAGAGAAUUACUUUUUCAUUAAAGUGUUAACAUAAUCACUUGCGACUUUGAGGGAAAAAAUGCAUUUAUUUUUUUUUAAUCACCCCAGUAUACACGUAUAUGUAUGUGACAUGGGUAUAUAUGUAUAACUACGAAUUAUAGUAGCCAGGAUAAUGAAGGUGUAGUCAUUAUCGCAUGUUGAUCACCGCCGUCUCUGUUUGCCCAAAUUUAGCGUGUUAUAAUGUUUAUCAAAAUACUAGUCUCGGGCUAUGGUGCGUAUUCGUCGGCUGCUUCGACUGCUCUCGAGAUCAAACUCGAGGCAUACCCUAAAAUUGGCUAUGCGGUCAGUUUUAAUCAGAUUCUACGUCGGGACUUUGUAACGGAAUGAUUUUUUGGUCCUACGUUUGAAUUAUUCAAUAUCUCGAGUCGCAUCGAGCAUUUGUUUUUUUUUUUUUUUUUUUUAUAAUUAGCUGGGAAGGAGGAACUUUAUAUUUUAUGACGAGACCUCGUUCAAGUGCGAGCAUGGCUUAGUUCGUCGUCGAAAUUGGAUGCUCCGCGGGGUUUGAUAUUCGGCAGUUGAGCGUCGUUUUCUAUUACUCGCUCGUUGGAAACGGUGAAAACUCCGGUUUCUCCGUAUGCGACAGUCGGAAACUCGUUACGAGGGAUCCGCGUCGUGAACCGUGUCCACAUUAGCCUCGCAAAGAUUGAGCCGUUCUGAGAAAGUACGUGCGGAAAAUUGUUUCAACAUUUUCACGAGUUUUCCCUUACCGUUGAUCGCCUGCAUUUUGUUUUUUGUUCGAUCCGACGCUGUGCUCCAUUUUUGAAAAUCAUGCUUUUCCACUUACGCCACCGAGACGAACGUCGGGGCACACGCGCUACUUGAGCAGAUCCUCGGUGAAACGAAAGGUGGUGAAAUUUUUCAAAUUAUCGUGCCGAUUUAACCGCUUCGUAUUCUUCGCCAAUACGAAUUUCGCUGACCAGCCGUCGAAGCCGGACCGAGUGAAACCUACGCAUGACAAACUGAAAUAUAAAUAGCUCUGAUCUGCGGUGAAAGAAUGAUCAAUUUAGGGAUACUUGUAAGUUAGGUGUAAAAACAAGUUAUCGUUUGUACGUGUACAAAAGUGGUUCGGUACGUUGGGAAAAUUGAGAAGCACGAAAGAUAAGUAGAGUACGAAACGAGUGUAAAAAAGAGAAGAAAUGAGGAAAUGAAAAAAAAAAAGAAAAAAAAAAAAUACAAUGCUCAUGAGAGCCCUCCCUUCCGUUAGUAUUACAAAGGCGCCUCGAUUUAAUCAUCGAUGAUCACUGGUUACUUUCACUCUUGUUAAAUCCAGUAACCACAGAGAGCCGGGACUAUUGAGCAAUUACUUUUACAUUUCGCGCAAACGAGUCGUCGUCGCGCAUUCGUUCGUUCCCUCAUUCGUCGCUUCGUCGUAUUGCCAUUAUCAUUGUCAUACCGGGGUUAUUUUGGAAGGAAUGUUUUAACGAUUUAACGAUAGGCUUUCGUGUAGAAUAAAAGAAGAAUUAAAAAAUAUAAUCAAGUCGCAUCGUCAUACUUUGUUCAAAUGUAGUAAUCGAUGCUUCGAUUUUCAUUCUAUUAUUUUUCUACGUCGCGAGGAUUCAACUUUUGGCUAUUUCGCGAGCAUCACGCGUUAAGCACAAAGUCCUGAUCACCUACAUAUCAAUUAUUUCAAUGAAAUAACAUCGUCAUAGCGAGCAUGUAACGAGAGAUAAAUGGAGAAUAAAUGGAACCUAUACAUAUCACAAAGUGUGCUCUGAUAUCGUUAUACAUUUAUAGUGUAAGAGGUAAGGAAAAUGUACGAAAUAACAAAAAUCCUUGAUUGGAUAGAAAUAAUAUCGUUCGAUGGCUUUUUUUGUUUUUCACGAGAAAAAAUAAUUAAAAAAUGAAAAAAAAAAAAAAAUAAUAUAAAAAAAACUUCAUAGAAUAUUAUGUAAAUGUGAAUAGGCAACGAAAUGGAGAACUCUCCGGUUAAUGCUACCACGUUGAAGCCAAGUUCGACCUUAUCGAAAGAACCAUCAACCGCUUUAGCGUUUCGGAUGAUAAAUUGAAAGAAAAAAAUGUAGUUAGUCACGUGUAUUUUCAGGCUCUGGGGAAAAAGGUGUAAUUUCGCCAAGAGCCGCAAAGAAUAUUGGUUGAAAAUGAUGGCGGAUGUAACGCAAUAUAAAUGACGUCAAAAUGCGAUUAUCACGAAAAAUUGUGGUAGCGUACGAAAUGUAAUCUUGAGUCAUCACAUUGAGAAAAAAGUUUGUUCACGUGGAAUGAGAAUAAAAAAAAGUCAUUUGAUAGAAUCUGAAAGUUCGUUUGUUGCCCCAAAAUCGUGACUCGGAGGAACGAUGUAUCUCAAUCAUUGAUAAAUUUCAUAUCCAUUUUUCAUAUCGUUUUAAAUUACUUGACGAAUUUGAGGGUUCAAAGGAUUACAAGGAAUCAUGUUUUUCGUCUUUUAUCGUAAUCGGAAUUCAGGGACGCCUGAUAAACUUUUUUCCCUCGAGAGUUGUAUUAUUAUGAUAAUUAACAUGAUAAUUACAUGAAACCACAUGGUCCACAAGACAAACGAAAUCCAUAAGCAUAUAUGUAUAUUAAUUAUGUGUAAAAUUGCGAGAAAGCGGUUGGCGAUACGUUGAUUGUAAAUGUUAAAAAUAAACGGUGUAUAAACAA